AUGCUCUCUUGCUUGGCUCGGGACCCUUACUUUUGCCCAAACGCACCCCCUCUCUCCAAAUCUCCGCCUGAUCAUCACCCCCCAAAAAAGGGCUGCGAGGUUCAGCCCGUCAAUACCGCCAUCAUUUCUCCGACUUCUCCCCCACGCGCUUCUAACAUACCCCUCCAGUCCAUACCCUCUGAUUCCCGCUCGACCCAUUCGCCCGAGUUAUUGGAGUCCAUCGAGAAGGGUAGUCGACGGUCUUCUCACUCGUCUGCUCGCUCGGUCGGGUCUGACUUCUCAAUCUGGUCAGAUACUGGUGACCUCGCCGAGCAGUUCGCUGAGGCUGAAGAUCCGCUGCAGAUUCACCUUCGCGAUUCCUUAGAUCGACAGCUCUUGCGUCGAAAAGAGCGAAGGAAGCAGCCCAAACACGUCCACUAUUCUUCAAACUUGAGCAACGAGCGUUCUGUGGUCGAUAUUGAAAAGAUCACAAUACCAGUCCCUCCCCCGCGGCAUAUUUCGAGAGUUGAACGCGUUCUGGCCGCCAUAAUGACACCCAGAAAUGGGCCAAACACCCAGAUGCACGGUCUAGUCGGGAAGCCAUUACUUUACUUCACGAGUGUGUUUGUAUCAUUGGGUGUCUUUCUUUUUGGCUAUGACCAGGGUGUAAUGUCUGGCAUCAUAACUGGCUGGUACUUCAAAGAUUACUUCAACCAGCCUUCUCGGGCUACAAUUGGUACUGUGGUUGCAGUUCUCGAAAUUGGAGCAUUCAUAUCCUCGCUCCUUGUGGGACGUGUUGGUGAUAUGAUCGGCCGUCGAAGGACUAUACUCUAUGGCUCCAUUGUGUUCUUCAUUGGCGGCGCUUUCCAAACAUUUGCCACAGGGAUUCCCAUGAUGAUGGUCGGUCGUAUCAUUGCUGGUCUAGGCGUCGGUGCCCUCUCUACCAUUGUGCCAGUUUACCAGUCUGAAAUCUCGCCUCCCCACAACCGUGGGAAACUCGCAUGCAUCGAAUUCACGGGCAAUAUUGCUGGGUAUGCGACUAGUGUGUGGGUAGACUAUUUCUGUAGCUUUAUCGACAACGACUACUCCUGGCGCCUCCCGCUCCUUUUCCAGUGUAUCAUGGGUGCCUUGCUUGGACUUGGCAGUCUGGUGAUCUGUGAAUCACCCAGGUGGCUUCUUGAUAAUGACCACGAUGAGGAGGGCAUGGUGGUGAUCGCAAAUCUUUAUGGCGAAGGAGAUCUUCUUAAUGACAAGGCCCGCCAAGAAUAUCGUGAGAUCAAGAUGAACGUCCUCGUCCAGCGACAGGAGGGCGAGCGAUCCUACUCAGACAUGUUCCGCCGCUAUCGCAAACGUGUCCUGAUUGCCAUGUCGGCCCAGGCCCUUGCUCAGCUCAAUGGAAUUAACGUAAUCUCAUACUAUGCGCCUCUCGUGUUUGAAUCGGCCGGCUGGGCUGGACGGGAUGCUAUCCUAAUGACUGGAAUCAAUGGUAUUUCAUACUUGCUGUCAACUAUACCGCCGUGGUAUCUUGUGGAUGGCUGGGGUCGACGACCGAUCUUACUUUCGGGUGCCGUUGCCAUGCUCAUCUCCCUUUCUCUUAUCUCCUACUUUAUUUACAUUGAAAUCCCCGCCACCCCAACCCUGACGGUCAUCUUCGUUAUGGUCUAUAAUGCCGCUUUCGGGGCAUCUUGGGGCCCAAUUCCAUGGUUAUAUCCCCCGGAGAUUUUGCCUUUGAGUAUUCGUGCCAAAGGUGCAAGUUUGAGCACCGCUUCAAAUUGGGCAUUCAAUUGGCUCGUGGGCGAGGUGACCCCUAUUCUUCAGGAAGUUAUCAAGUGGCGGCUAUAUCUGGUUCAUGCUUUCUUUUGUGCAUGCAGUUUUGUGCUUGUUUACUUUUUGUACCCCGAAACAAGUGGGGUUCGCCUCGAAGAUAUGAACGUCCUUUUUGGCGAUGCUUCUACCGCCAUGCCGACACCCGCCACUCAAGGCGAACGGGGGUCGCUAAUGGGUGCUGGUUCACCCGUCCCGUCGCUCGAUCUGCGUCGGCAGUAUGGGCAAUUUGGGGCGGAGAAUUCCAUCCCUGGCCUAGAUAUCGAUCCGCCGACUUCAAGCCAUGAAGGGACCAGCAAACGUCGACGCUCCGAUUCUCACCAGGGCAGCGUUCGCGGCGAAGGAAUUGGUGGCUGGAUCUCAAAUAUGGUCAGUCGAAACCGGGGAGGGGGCCCCGGUGCUACCAGCAGCCAAUAUAGACGUUUGGAGCAAGGAGAAGGAGACGAGCAAUGA